UCAAUUUAAUCGAGACCCAAUGUGAUUAUCGCAAGAAUCUCGAAAAAAAAAAAAAAAGUACAUUCCAUGAAAAAAAAAACUUAAAAAAGUCAUGAUAUUUAAGCUUCUUUUUAAGUGAUAAAGUUACAACUGUUUUUGUAUGUUCUUCACAAUUAUAUAAAGAAUCUCCCUUUCUUCACUUUUUUUUUCCUCACAUUGUUCCAUUGCUCUCUUUCUUCUUCAUUUCUGCAUUACAAGCACCACCAUCAAUCAUUUUCCGGUUCUGGGUCACCACUAAAAUGUCAAUGACGGUAACCCAGCAACCACCACCACCGCCGCCGACGGUGACUUUACCUGACCAGCAGCCAUAUCACAACUCUCAAACCACCACCCAUCCUUCCCUUCCUCCUCUUAUAGGUGUACUUUUAGUUAUCAUAAUCCUAGGCAUUAUCGCCGGCAUGAUCGGACGUCUAUGUACGGGCAGGAAAAUCAUGGGUUUGGGUCAUUUCGACAUUGAAACUUGGAUCGAAACAAAGUGUUCUUCUUGCAUCGACGGUAGGGUUUACCCUCCUCCGCCCCCACCACCACCGCCAGCUACCUCCGUUUUAUCACCACCAAUUCAACAACAGCCACCACAGCAAGAAGAUCAAUCUCCACAAAACCCCACCACUUGACAUUGAUUCUUAAAACAUAGGUUGUUCUUGUCUUGUAAUUUAUGUCCUUUUUUUGCUAGAUUUUUGUCAACUUUGUAACAUUUUUAUUGUUGGCAUUGCUAGUUUUUGUUAUGAGCUUCAAGCUCAAUUGGUGAUGAUUAUGGUUUGUAGGUUAUGGAACUUUAUUUUUCAUUUGAAAA